UACCACUCACCGGAAGUGGAACUGUCACACUGCUUGUGUCCUUGUUAGCUAACGGGCUUGUGAGUUGCCAUUAGAGGCAGGCAAAUGUGUCCUGAUUGGAAAGAUGUAUUGAGCUGUGACGGGAGAUAAAAUCGGACAGAGAGCUACGUUCACCUGUUUGUUAGCAGCACCAUGUUGCGUGUCGGGAGCUCAGCUGCCUGCGUGGCUUGUAGGAGCCUCAUCUCAAACAAUAUGGGGGUGAAAUUCCGGAUCCCACUGCAGAAGCUUCAUCCUCUGUCUCGUGCCAUUCACCAUCGUUACUCUGGAAACAAUAACCCUCACCGGACUCCUCAUCGCACAGCAGCGCGAUAUUUUACCUCCAUGUCCCGGUUGCCCAUGCGACCUUUGAAGCCCCCUCCGGGGUCUGGUGGUCACAGGCACCAACAGCAGCGCAACUUCUGGGUGGCCCGCCUGGCAGCCCGGCUGCUGAGGCUCCGAUACAUCCUGCUGGGAACAGCAGUUGGAGGAGGUUACACAGCUAAGAAGACCUAUGAAGAGUGGAAAGACAUGCUGCCUGAUUUCAGUGAGUACAACUGGGUCAUCCCUGACUUUGUGUGGGAACUGAGUGAACAUAUUGAUCUUGAUAAACUGGCAAAAGCGUUACCAGAGAUGGAAGAAAUUGCUAAACUUCUGCCUGACUUUGAGAAGAUUGGAGAGAACUUCACUUUCCUUAAAGGCCUUCUUUCCUCUGGUGUGAGUUUGGGUAGUGAAGUCAAAGGAGCCUCUGGCCUGCAUCUGUUAGAAAAUUCCGGCGAUCCUGCUCUAAAAGCUACAGAUUCUUCAACUGGAGCUGCACAUGAUGCCAGUGACAAGCAGUACAAAAAGCAGGGUCUGCUCGGAGAGCUGAUUUUUAUUCAGCAGCAGAUCCAGCGGCACGAGGAGGAGGUCCAGCGGGCCGCUGCAGCCAAUAGUGCACGUACUUCACCCCAAGAGCGUGCUGCGAACCACAACCCCUCGACACAGACACGCAAGUCAUCAGACAAAGAAAAGAUUGACCAGCUCCAAGAGGAGCUUCUUCGAACUCAGUUAAAGUAUCAGCGCAUGCUGGAAAGACUGGAAAAGGAAAAUAAAGAGUUAAGGAAAGUGGUGCUGCAAAAAGAUGAUAAGGGGAUUCAUCAAAGGAAGGUGAAGAAAUCCCUUAUUGACCUUUAUUCUGAAGUCCUCGACAUCUUGUCUGAUUAUGAUUCCAACUACAACACCCAGGACCACUUACCCAGGGUGGUUGUGGUUGGCGAUCAGAGUGCUGGGAAGACCAGCGUGCUUGAGAUGAUUGCCCAGGCCAGGAUCUUCCCCAGGGGAUCAGGAGAGAUGAUGACACGCUCUCCUGUGAAGGUAACAUUAAGUGAAGGUCCCCAUCAUGUGGCCAUGUUCAAAGACAGUGGCAGAGAGUUCGACCUCUGUAAGGAGGAGGAUCUGGCUGCUCUGAGGCAUGAGAUUGAGCUGAGGAUGAGGAAGAGUGUGAAGGAGGGACAGACAGUCAGCUCUGAGACAAUCUCUUUGAGUGUUAAAGGACCGGGUAUUCAGAGGAUGGUUCUUGUUGACUUACCUGGUGUCAUCAGUACGGUGACGACGGGCAUGGCAUCAGACACUAAGGAGACCAUCUUCAGCAUGAGCAAGGCCUACAUGCAAAACCCUAAUGCUAUCAUUCUUUGUAUUCAAGACGGCAGUGUGGAUGCAGAGCGCAGCAUCGUAACAGACCUGGUCAGCCAGAUGGACCCUCAUGGCAGAAGGACCAUCUUUGUUCUAACUAAAGUAGACUUGGCUGAAAAGAAUCUGGCCAGUCCUAGCAGAAUUCAGCAAAUUGUUGAAGGAAAGCUGUUUCCCAUGAAAGCUCUUGGUUAUUUUGCUGUGGUAACAGGAAAAGGGGGCACCGGGGAGAGCAUAGAUGCAAUUAAAGAUUAUGAAGAGGACUUUUUCCAGAACUCCAGAUUGCUGAGGGACGGUAUGCUGAAGGCUCAUCAGGUCACCACAAAGAACUUGAGUCUGGCUGUCUCUGAUUGCUUCUGGAAGAUGGUCAGAGAGUCUGUGGAGCAGCAAGCUGAUGUUUUUAAAGCAUCACGAUUCAACCUGGAGACUGAAUGGAAGAACAACUAUCCUCGUCUGAGAGAACUUGACAGGAAUGAACUCUUUGAAAAAGCAAAAAAUGAAAUUUUGGAUGAAGUCAUUAGUUUGAGUCAAGUGACUCCCCAACUCUGGGAGUCUAUUCUGCAGAAAAAACUUUGGGAACGUGUUUCCACUCAUGUCAUCGAGAACAUCUAUCUGCCUGCUGCCCAAACAAUGGACUCUGGGACCUUUAACACAACUGUAGACAUCAAGCUGAAGCAGUGGACUGACAAGCAGCUUCCACAUAAGGCACUGGAGGUUGCCUGGGAGACUUUGCAGGAGGAGUUUGCUCGCUUUAUGGCUGAAUACAAAGGCAAAGACCAGGACGACAUCUUUGACAAGCUGAAGGAGGCAGUGAAGGACGAGAGCAUCAAGAGGCACAAGUGGAAUGAGAGAGCCAUGGACAGUCUGAGGGUGAUCCAGCACAACGCCUUAGAAGACCGAUCCAUCACCGACAAACCUCAGUGGGAUGCUGCCAUCCAGUUUAUGGAGGAAACGCUGGAGUCACGCCUCAAAGACAAUGAAUCUGUGAUCAAAGACAUGGUGGGCCCUGACUGGACAGAGAGGUGGCUAAAGUGGGUGAACCGGACACCAGAACAGCACAUUCGUAAUGAAACAAAAAAUGAGCUGGAUCGCUUGCUGAAGCUGCAUGAUGACCACACUGCUUACCUGGCCAGUGAUGAGGUCACCACAGUGAGGAAGAACCUGGAGGGACGGGGCGUAGAAGUGGACCCAGUGCUGAUCAAAGACACGUGGCAUCAGCUUUAUCGCAGACACUUCUUGCAGAAAGCACUGACUCACUGCAGCCUCUGCAAGAGAGGUUUCUACUACUACCAGAGACACUUUGUUGACUCUGAGCUGGAGUGCAAUGAUGUGGUGUUGUUUUGGAGGAUCCAAAGGAUGUUGGUCAUCACUGCUAACACACUCCGGCAGCAGCUUACCAAUACUGAGGUGCGGCGGUUGGAGAAAAAUGUCAAAGAGGUCUUGGAUGACUUUGGAGAAGACUUGGAGAAAAAGACUCAACUCAUCACUGGCCGCAGAGUCCAGCUGGCUGAGGAUCUCAAGAAAGUCCGUGAGAUUCAGGAGAAACUUGAAGCUUUCAUAGAAGCUCUUCAUAAGGAAAAAUUAUUGCACUGAACAAAGACAACACAUCUGUAAAUUUCCGCCAUCACCCCUUUCUGGCACUAUCUAAACAGCUCCCUGGUUUUACUAUCGGUGACUCUUAGACAGUGAUGGAGCGAUGGAUAUGAACACAAAUGAAGAACCGUUCCUUUUCUUUUUCCUUUAUUUCUAAUUCCUCUGGCUGUUUCGACACCAGAGGAGCACAACAACCCAACCAUACUGAGAUUGAAGGGGAAAUGCAAAGCUAAGCAGCACCUGUGCCCCAUAGCUGAGGACUGUUGACAUGUCCUCUUGCUCUUUUUGAUAUUUUGGAUUUUCUGUCUCAUCCAAAAAUUAUAGCCAGUUAUCUUCUAAAAUAUUGAAUAGUUGCAUUUAGGAUUAACAGCACUUGAUUCCACUUUUAAGCUCAUCUGAGUGUCCAGCUCUCCAUUCACCAACACUCUCCACCAUCCUUACUCGUGAGCGUCCGCAUCUCAUAAAGCUGGAUCUAUUUUUAUUCAGUUUAUUCCCUCAUUAAGACAUCUGUUUCAUCCAUCCAAAAGUGCACAACAAACUUCUCAAGCAAUUUUAUUUUAAUUUCAUGUCCCAAAUGUAAUUCUUGCUCUCUUACUGAAACACUAAAUAGAGGAAACUAAUUAUAAAAUGUCUUUUAAAAAAUUAAAUAGUUGUCAUUGAGGUUUUAAAAAUGCCCAUUCAACACCUGUGCAGUUAAAUUUGAUUAGAUUUUUAGAGUCUGUCCCACUAUAGUUAGUUUUCUGCCUUUGGAGCCAGUUAGAAAAGCUGAUCUAAUUCUCAGUACUGUUUGAUUCAGUGGGCUCAUUUACAAAUGGACUGGGUUUUCUUCCAGAUGUUUUUUGAAUUUGCACCAGGUUUCUCAUCUUUUGUCAGCCAUUUGCAGUGGGUCAAGAUGUAUGCAAUACAGAAGCUGUUGUACUUAAAAUUACCUUUGUGUCUGAAUGGUUUCUAAGAUGGCAAAAUGAUGGAAAAUCUUCCUUACUAUAAUUUCUUUCGUUCCAGUCACUGUUCAGGACUCACUGUUCCACUCGCUCCCCAGAUUCUCAUCCUUUUGCACCUUCUUCAUUUGAACCUUUAAGAAUCUUCGCGUCACCGACAUCUUGCUCUCUUCUUUCUGUAUUUGCCUGAAUGGAGGCGUGAGAAUACGUUACCCAUAUUCCUUCACUCCUUCAUUCACUCAGAUGUGUAUAUGGGUAUGUGUACAUAAAUAUCCAGACCGUGCUUCCUGCACAGACAAAGUGAGUGGGCAGUCGGGGAGCCGCUAUCAUGUACAGCACCAGGAUCCAGAGUGAGACACCUGCGCAACAGAGAGCUAAGAAGCUGGUCCUAAGACAUGUUUUAUGUUGUAGAAAGUAAUGUGUGCAUGGUGUACCCCCUUACAGAUGUGCUUUAUUUAUUUAAUUUGUGUUUAAAUGAAAAUAAAAUUGACGUCAAUAAAUAAAUGUCUUUUUUUUUUUUAUGUUGUCAGUUUGUUCUUUUAUUGUUUCUUUAGUAAAGGCUGAUUUGUCUCUGCAGUUUGCAAAUGUUUGCUGAUAUUCGAAUAUCUGCUGGUUAAAACUUGGCAAGACGAAAAGCAAAUUUUAUUUUUGACUUGGCUAUAAAACAAAUUCCUUAAAUUAAAAAUAGGUACCUAAAGCAAUUAGGUACCUAUUUUUGUACCUAAUUGCUUUGGCCAUAAGCACUGCUGCUCCUUGGUGCCCCAUCUGUCAAUAUUUUCACAAGAUCUGAGCAAACAGAAGGAUCUUUAACGAGUCAUUUCUGUAGAAUCUCUAGAUAAUAAUGCGUUGUUUCUGAUGCUCUCCUCAGUUUAGCCGACAGGUUUUAUGUUAGAUUUAGAUCAAAGACCUGAAAUGAAACGCUGCUGAUUGACAACCAUGUUUUGAAUCAAUAUGAUGGUCCAUUUUCAGUGAUGUGACAGAUGCCAUCAGACUUUAUUUUGAAAUUUACUGAUAUUUCUAAUAGUUAAUCACUGUUCUUUAGACUUAAUAGUGGCAAUGAAGUGGUUAUGCUCAAAUUCAUACUUUUUUUCUUUUACAUAUCAGACCAGUGUUUAUCCUGAUUUGACAAUUAAAUAUAAAGAGUAGCAAAGGGCUCACAUUUAUAUCUCUGAUGGUAGGAAAAAGGCUGUUUACACAGUAUGCCUCCCAUGCAGCUGGAUGUCUUGUAGAUAAUAUCUAAUGAUUGUUUAGAAGAUUUGUUGGAUGAAGCCACCGCUUACUGUAGCUUAUGCCAGAUAUUUUUUAUGUCCUCUGUCAUCCCUUUCACUGACUGGUGGAGAGAUUAACUUUGGUCCCAGUUCAGGUUGUUUAAAACUUGUAAUUCUUGUUAAUUGUAGAUAUGCUCAAUUUUAGGUGAAGAGCCGUGGUGUGUUUUUGUUUUCCCCGUUUUGAAGAGUCUGUGGGAGAAAUGGACCUAUGUGUCUUAUUCACAACCCCAAGGUAAAAAUGGAGAAUUCUGAAUAUAAAAUGAAUGCUCUACAAAACAUCUCUUAUUCUAUUUUUUUUUUUCGUUUCUUACUUUCUUGUCAGGUCUAAGCUGCUAUAAAACUGCAUACACUGAUUGACUUUGUGAAGUAUCUGUAUUUAAUAUAGGAAGCAAUCUCACAGAUGACAGAGCUUUUGUUGCAUCUUAAUUUACCAUUUUUAAAUCUAAUUUUUCUUAAAAAUACAUUGAGCCCAGUAUGAGACGUUGACUGAACUCAUUUUAACUUUUUCCACUU